AUGGCCAACAUCGUCACACAGCUCCUUGACGAGCAGUUCAGUGGCCUCUUCCAAGACCUGUUGAAGAUCUACCAGGGCUUCGACGGGAAGCUUAUGAGUCGGAAGGGAAGGGUCGCGAAGGAGUCCGCCAUGAACUUCAAGGACGGGGUCAUCGGGAGCCUUGGAGACGAUCACCCAGUUGCUUUGUUGAUGAAGGACUUGGACGAGGGGGGGCACAGAAGAGUUUUUCGUGAAGCUCGUUAG